AUGGCGGCUACAAAUGUAUUUAUCGGUUCGAUCGAAUCAUUACUAAAUGAUAUGGAAAGACUCAGUGAAACCCAAAAUCCUGAUGUCAUUGACAGCAUGAUAAGUCGCCUCCAGUGUACGAGUGAUACCACGAAUCAACUGAUGCACCGAUCAACAAGUAACUAUACAGCUUUGUGGUCUUUAUACCAGCACUUGUUAGUUUUCCUCGAAAGUUGGCAGAAUCGUGCUUGGAGAAGAAAUCACUGUUGUUCUGUGCCCCAUACUGUUAAUAAUCGUAUUGCCCCUGAUGAGGAAGAAACACAAGGAAAGGUAGGACGGCCCCAGAUAAAUGUGAGUGGAGAACAGAUUGAAUGCCUACGCAACAUUGGCUUUACUUGGGAUGCAAUAUCUGUCAUGCUGUGUAUCUCAAGGUCAACGCUAUGGCGUAGAUGUCAUCAAUUGGGUCUUACCUGUAGUCAACGAUAUUCCGAAAUAAGUGAUGAGGAGCUCGAUGGAAUCAUGCGAGAUAUGGUUGCAGCGUAUCCUAACUCAGGUUUGACCUUACUAAGGGGUCACCUCAAAAGACUAAGAAUCAUUGUCCAACGGGAAAGGGCUCGAUUAUCCAUGAUUAGAGUGGAUCAUAUUAACGUGUGCAUGAGGCGAAUGAGGGUUAUACAACGGCGUUCAUAUAGUGUUCCUGGCCCAAAUGCUUUGUGGCACAUUGAUGGCCACCACAGCCUAAUCAGAUGGAGGAUUGUACCACAUGGCGGGAUUGAUGGCUUUUCAAGGCUCAUUACUUAUCUCCAUUGUAGUACAAAUAACCGGGCAGAUACUGUCUUCACUUUAUUUCAAGAAGCCAUUGCCAAAUAUGGAGUUCCAUCACAGGUUCGCUCUGACCGUGGAGGAGAAAACAUUGAUGUGGCCAAAUUCAUGAUUGAAAAUCGGGGGCUUAAUCGAGGAAGUCAGAUCGCAGGAACGAGUGUACACAAUCAAAGGAUUGAGAGGCUGUGGAGAGAUGUAUUUUCUCAUGUGUUACAACUAUACUAUUCUCUCUUUUAUUUUCUUGAAGAUAAUGGACUGCUGGAUUGUGAACUAGAUACCGACCUAUAUGCAUUGCACUUCGUUUUUGUACCAUUAAUCAACAGAGCUCUUAAACAGUUUCACGAUACUUACAACAACCACAGCCUGCGUACAGAACAUCAUUGGACACCAUUAAUGAUCUGGACCAAUGGUAUCCUGUCAUCAGAACAUGCCAGAGAAACAGCUGUGCAAGAUUUCUAUAGCAGCGACAACCAAGAUGUCAAUAUAGAAUUCUUUGGAAUAGAUCCCGAUGGCCCAGAAUCAAAUCCGUUUGACCUAUUAGAUGUGGAAAUCCCACCUACAGAACUAGAUGAUUUGACUCAGCAACAACUGGAUCAAAUAGCUCAGAUCAAUCCUCUUCAGCCAGCUAAUAACUAUGGCAUUGAAUUCUAUGAGAGAGUCCGAGAAAUCAUCAGCAGACACAUGGGUUAG